CUAACUUGAAACUUCUCUCUGUCUUUUUGCUACGUUCAGUUUCCAAGUUCCAACCUUUGUGUUUUCUUGUUUCUUAACUCAACCCAGCUCAUCCAAUGCACCUGAAACAACCUUGAAAAACCUUCUUCACAAACUUUCCUAAACACCCAUCUCUCUGCUUCCCUCUCUAAAAAUGAAGAAGAAAACUCACUCUGAACACAACAACAAGCUCUUGCUUUUAGCCAUUGUUGUUUCUGGGUUCUCUUCAAUCUUCCUCUGUGUUAGCUCUCAAGCAAACCCGCCGGCGAGUUCAGAUGACACUUCAGUAAUGUUAGCUCUCAAGAAGACUCUCAAUGCACCCGACUCUCUCGGCUGGUCUGACCCGGACCCUUGCCUCUGGAACCAUGUGGUCUGCUCAGAUAACAAACGGGUCACCCGGAUCCAAAUCGGCCAUCAAAGCCUCAAAGGUACACUCCCUCCAACCCUGCAAAACUUGACCCAACUGGAACGCUUAGAGCUUCAAUUCAACGAACUCUCAGGUCCACUUCCUAGCUUAAAUGGCUUAGCUUCAUUACAAGUACUUUUACUAAGUAGCAACCAGUUUAGUUUCAUUCCUAGUGAUUUCUUUACUGGUAUGUCUUCGCUUCAGUCUCUUGAGAUUGAUAAUAAUCCAUUUGCCGGUUGGGAAAUCCCUGAAACUCUGAAAGACGCUUCCACACUUCAGAACUUUUCGGCCAACUCGGCCAAUAUUACUGGAACCAUACCCGAGUUUUUCAGUGCCGAUGUGUUUCCUGGUCUGACUAAUUUGCACUUGGCUUUCAAUAGCUUACAAGGUGGCUUGCCUUUGACAUUUGCUCACUCACAAAUUGAGUCCUUGUGGGUUAAUGGGCAAGCAAGUGAUGGUAAGCUUAGUGGCCCCAUUGAUGUUAUACAAAACAUGACUUUCUUGCAAGAGGUUUGGUUGCAAAGUAAUGCCUUUUCGGGUCCUUUGCCCGAUUUUACAAGCUUGAAAGAGUUGGAGAGCUUGAGUUUGAGGGAUAACAAGUUUACAGGCCCUGUGCCGGUGUCAUUGUUGAGUCUUAAAUCUUUGAAGGUAGUGAAUUUGACAAACAAUUUGCUUCAAGGACAAAUGCCUGAGUUCUCAAGUGGGGUGGUAAUGGAUAUGUCCAGUGACUCAAAUAGCUUUUGUUUGCCCACUCCUGGUAAGUGUGAUUCUAGAGUGAAUACAUUGCUUUCGAUUGUGAAAUUAAUGGGUUAUCCGCUAAAGUUUGCGACUAGUUGGACUGGAAAUGAUCCGUGUGUGAAUUGGAUUGGGAUCACUUGUAGCAAUGGGAAUAUAACUAUUGUGAAUUUUCAGAAUCUGGGUCUUACAGGUUCGAUUUCUACGGAGUUUUCAUCUCUCAAAUCGUUGCAAAAACUCAUACUUGCUGAUAACAAUCUUACGGGUUCAAUUCCGGUGGAACUUACUACUCUGCCUGCGCUUGCUGAGCUAGAUGUUUCAAACAAUCAGCUGUAUGGGAAAAUCCCAGCUUUUAAGAGUAAUGUGAUGGUGAAGACUAAUGGUAACCCUGAUAUAGGAAAGGAGAAAAGUAGUUCUUCAACUUCAGGUGCACCAUCUCAGAAUCCAGUGAGUCCAUCUACAGGUACAGGUUCUCAAAAUAGCGGUGGUUCUGGAAAAGGUGGCAAGAAAUCCUCGACAAUUAUAGGAUUAAUUGUGUUUUCCAUCGUUGGAGGUGUGUUUCUGAUUUUCUUGAUUGGUUUGUUGGUUUUCUGUCUGAACAAGAUGAAGCAAAAGCGAUUUAGCAGAGUACAGAGCCCAAAUGCAAUGGUGAUUCAUCCUCGCCAUUCUGCAUCUGAUAGUGAGAGUGUGAAGAUCACAGUUGCAGGUUCGAGUGUUAGUGUUGGUGCAGUCAGUGAGGCGCAAAAUCUUCCUAGCGGUGAGCCUGGUGACAUACAAAUGGUUGAAGCAGGUAACAUGGUGAUAUCGAUCCAAGUCCUCAGGAACGUGACUAACAAUUUCAGUGAACAAAAUAUAUUAGGACAAGGAGGUUUUGGGACUGUCUACAAAGGGGAGUUGCAUGAUGGUACUAAGAUUGCAGUAAAGAGAAUGGAGUCCGGGGUAAUAGCUGGCAAGGGAUUGACUGAAUUUAAGUCUGAGAUUGCCGUUUUGACUAAGGUCCGGCACCGGCAUCUUGUUGCCCUUCUUGGUUACUGCUUGGAUGGGAAUGAGAGGCUUCUUGUAUAUGAGUACAUGCCUCAGGGCACACUCAGCAGGCAUAUAUUCAACUGGGCAGAAGAAGGAUUGAAACCACUGGAAUGGACCAAAAGGUUGACCCUUGCCUUAGACGUGGCAAGGGGUGUUGAGUAUCUCCAUGGGUUGGCCCAUCAAAGCUUUAUACAUAGGGACUUAAAGCCUUCAAACAUUCUUCUUGGAGAUGAUAUGAGAGCUAAGGUUGCGGAUUUUGGCCUUGUGCGUCUUGCUCCAGAAGGGAAAGGCUCAAUUGAGACAAGAAUUGCUGGAACUUUCGGAUACUUGGCGCCGGAAUAUGCAGUUACUGGUCGAGUGACAACCAAGGUCGACAUAUUUAGUUUUGGGGUGAUUUUGAUGGAGCUAAUCACUGGGAGAAAAGCACUCGAUGAGACCCAGCCUGAGGAGAGCAUGCACCUUGUAACAUGGUUCAAAAGAAUGUACAUCAACAAGGAUUCGUUCUGCAAGGCAAUUGACCCCACGAUUGACCUCAAUGAGGAAACAAUUGCGAGUAUAAGCAAAGUUGCUGAGUUGGCAGGAUAUUGUUGUGCAAGGGAACCAUUUCAAAGACCCGACAUGGGUCAUGCUGUCAACGUGCUGUCAUCUCUGGUUGAGCUUUGGAAACCAAGUGACCAAAAUCCAGAAGACUUGUAUGGCAUUGACCUCGAAAUGUCCUUGCCUCAAGCACUUAAGAAGUGGCAGGCUUAUGAAGGUGGAAGCAACAUGGAAUCUUCUUCCUCUUCACUUGUUCCAAGUUUAGACAAUACUCAGACCAGCAUACCAACACGCCCAUACGGAUUUGCUGAGUCUUUUACAUCUGCAGAUGGCAGAUGAGAAGUGGUUGUAAAUGAUGUUGAUGCUGGUUUUGCAUGUUCAUUCUAAUGCUUCUUCCUUGCUGUUCUCUGUGUAGACUUGGUUGGUCUCUUGAUGUGUUAUAGUCUCAUCCCACUGUCUGAUAUUUUUCUUGGUAAUGCAGUUUAAUAUUCAUCACUUGUUUUUGGAAAUGAAAUGAGUUAGAUUCUCAAAGACACCAUUUUUGUUGAUA